AUGAUGUGGUUUUUCUGCAUUUCCAUUGGUUUUAUGGUCAGUCUAUGCGGCGCUUGGGAAGAGAGUACCGUAGUACCGGUCAGGUUAGACCCAAUGGCGAGUAACGCCGAACCGGGGCGAACCUUCUCCCCUGAAGAAAAGCAGAAGCUGUCCCAGAUGAGAGUCUACAAGCUGGACGUGUUUGGUCAAGAGAUGGUUUUGAAACUGGAACCCGAUCAUACUUUCCUGGCUCCGGGUUUCGUCUUCCAAGUUGUGGCCAGUCCUGAAUCCGAACCGAAUCGGGAGACCGAGAGCACGGACGAUUCCGGGUGUUUCUUCUCGGGGACGGUGAAUGGAGAAGAACACUCGGCCGCUGCGUUGAACCUGUGCCAGGGGUUGAGUGGUGGAUUUUACUUUAAAGGGGAAGAGUACAUGAUCAAACCCGGCAAGGGAAAUGACUUUGGGACGGAGGAGGGGGUUCACUUCAUCCGCCGGAGGGCUCGGGAAACGGCCGGGGACGGGAGCUCCAAGUGCGGGGUCAAUGAGGACGAGGAGAGGGUGCCGAGUAAUGGCGAGAAGAAGCCUGACGUCAAAGUAGAAUCGACUGGCCACCACAGGACCAGACGUUUCGUUUCCACUCCACGCUACUUGGAGAUCAUGCUAGUGGCCGACCAGUCCAUGGCCGAGUUCCACGGCGCAGGUCUGAAGGCUUACCUCCUUACCAUCAUGGCGGUGGCCUCCCGCCUCUACCGCCACCCGAGCAUCCACAACUCCAUCAGCCUGGCCGUGGUCAAGUUGAUGGUGGUCUACGAGGAAGAGCGAGGGCCUCAAGUGUCAUCCAACGCGGCCAUGACACUCCGCAACUUUUGUCAGUGGCAGCGGCAGCACAACCCCGCGAGCGAUCGCCACCCGGAGCACUACGACACAGCCAUGCUCUUCACCAGGACGGACCUGUGUGGUGCCCAUUCCUGUGACACUCUUGGAAUGGCUGAUGUCGGUACAGUUUGUGACCCAGAGAGAAGCUGCUCCAUCAUCGAAGACGAUGGACUGCAAGCUGCGUUCACUGUGGCGCAUGAACUAGGCCAUGUCUUCAACAUGCCUCACGAUGAUUCCCAGCUAUGCUCCGGGGUCAACGGCCCCCACUGGGGCUCCCACAUGAUGGCCUCCACCUUGUCCAACCUUGACCAGCAGCAGCCUUGGUCCCCCUGUUCCGCCCUCAUGGUCACCACGUUUCUGGACAAUGGCCACGGUCAGUGUCUGCUAGAUAAGCCAGCCAAGCCUCAAGCGCUCCCCCUGCCCCUUCCGGGGACGGUCUACGACGCAGACCAUCAGUGCCGGCUUACCUUCGGCGACGAUUCCCAACAUUGUCCUGACCUGAGCACCACUUGCGCCGCCCUGUGGUGCACCGUGACGACGUCCAACGGUUUGCUGGUGUGCCAGACCAAGAACUCUCCGUGGGCCGACGGAACGUCGUGCGGUCACGACAGUUACUGUCUGGCUGGACGCUGUCUCACCAAGAGUCAAGCUUCCAAACAUCAGACUCCCAUCAACGGCGGCUGGGGAGUGUGGGGUCCCUGGGGCGACUGCUCUCGCACGUGCGGGGGCGGAGUUCAGUACUCCUUCCGGUCAUGUGAUGACCCUUUACCCAAGAACGGAGGCAAGUACUGUGAGGGCAAGAGAAUCCAGUACCGUUCCUGUCACACGGAACCCUGCCCCGAUACCAACGGCUUGUCAUUCCGGGAGGAACAGUGUCUGGCUCACAAUGACAUGUCAGCUCAAGUGUCCCUGGGAUACGGCGAAGGUGUUGAGUGGGUGCCCAAAUAUGCUGGAGUUUCACCUAAAGACCGAUGCAAGCUGGUGUGCAGGGCCAAGGGAACGGGAUACUUCUUUGUCCUCAAAUCUAAGGUGGCAGAUGGAACACCAUGCAGCCCUGACUCCACCUCCGUUUGCGUUCAAGGCCAAUGUGUCAAAGCGGGAUGCGAUCGAGUUAUCGGCUCCAGCCGGCGAUACGAUAAGUGUGGCGUGUGCGGAGGGGACGGCUCUACCUGCAAGAAAGUAUCGGGUUCACUGGAACGUGCCAGGCCUGGGUACCAAGACGUGGUGACAAUACCAGCAGGUGCCACACAUCUUGAUGUCAAACAACGAGCCCCCGGCAACGGUCGUCACGACAACAGUUACCUGGCAGUGCGGCGCCAGGACGGUACCUACCUACUGAACGGCGAUUACAAGCUAAUGACCGUGGAGUCGGACAUCGCUCUGGGAGGGGCGCUCCUGCGCUACAGCGGUUCUUCUGCCGCUUUGGAGCGCAUCCGCAGCUUUUCCCCUCUCCCCGAGCCUAUCACCAUUCAGGUGCUGUCAGUGGGAGAAGCCCCCAGGCCCAGAGUCAAGUACAGCUACUUUGCUCCCAGACCUGACGACGCUGGGCGUCGGCGUUCCGUCAACGCAAUUCCAGAUCUGGGCGUCGCCGAGUGGACUCUGAUGGACUGGGGUCCGUGCUCCCGGACCUGCGGGGGCGGCACGCAACAGAGGGAAGUGCUGUGUCUGGAUCCCCGAGGCCGCCCGUCCCAGGACUGCCCGGAAGAGCUGCGACCUUUGGCCUCUCGACCCUGCGCCUCUCAAGCCUGCCCCUCCUGGCUUCUCGGAGAAUGGUCGGCGUGCUCCAAGACCUGCGGCCGAGGUUUCCGUAAACGCCAGCUUCGCUGCGCGGGCACCGACGGCCGCACGCUGAGCCACGACAGCUGCGACUCCAAAGACCGACCUCGACCCCUGCUGGAGCUGUGCUAUCGAGGGACCUGCUAA